AUGGUCUUUUGUAUAUAUGUAAAUGUGAUUAUAUGUUUAUAUUUGAGUAUAAGUGUGAGUGUGAGUGUUUUAUUUCAUUACACUCUUUCAGUCUCUCUUGAGGACACUAUCAUUCUUUUUAUUUCUGAUGCAUUCUCUUCACAAUGUCUAUUCCAAUUAGCAAAUGUUAAUGAACGACCCUUUCUCAAAUAUUCUCUGCAUCUAAAACUUUCAUCUCAUGCUACUGUCAUUGACAUGACUAUAUUGGCUCUUGACAAGGACUAUCAAGAUUUACAAAUACAACUGUUUGCUUUGGUCAUUUUCAUAGUCAAAGUAGUCAUACUGGGUGCCAUGUCCAACAUUCCUGAUAUUCUCUUAAUUUUCUCACUUGUAUCUGAUGUUUUUAAUGCAUCUUCAAGCAAGCUACACAUCACUGGUUUUUUUGAGAGAAAUAAUAUCUGCGUCACAUUGCUCAAUUCAAAUAGUAUGAAAGAUGAUAAGGAAAGUGGUCCAAAAUAUAUAAUUGUAUCACUAGAUGUGUUGUAUAACCACUUCAUCACACUUGUUGACAAGAAAGUAGUAGCUGAUUUAGACUCAAAUAGUCAUCAGUUGUUGUCAUGUGCUUUUGGCAAAAUCGUUGAAGGACCAGUUUCUGAUGCAAUUGCGUCACAGUUUCCUCAGUGGGAUCUUAGAAACGGGUCCUAA